UCCUCUCUCUCUCUCUCUCUCUAUACAGUACUACACAGUGACACAGAGAGAAUGGCGUUGAGGCUGCCCACUCAGCUGGCGACACCUGGCAGAUUCCACCACCACCAGCACAGUAGUAAAACCUCAGUGUCGAGAGCACUGUCAUGGAAGGGCACUAUAGCACCGGACGCCGCUCAUUUCUCUCCGCUUUCUUCUUCAACUUCCACCGGGAGAUGCAAUGUGGGGCCGAGGGUGAUGUGCACGGCGGAGACAGUAGGGGUAGUGAACCUAGCUCCGGGGACACCGGUGAGGCCAACGAGCAUACUGGUGGUUGGGGCGACGGGAACUCUAGGAAGGCAGGUGGUGAGGCGUGCUCUCGAUGAAGGCUAUGAAGUUCGGUGCCUCGUCCGGCCAAGACCUGCCCCUGCUGACUUCCUUCGCGAUUGGGGCGCAAUUGUUGUCAAUGCAGACCUUAGCAAACCAGAGACCAUACCUGCAACAUUGGUUGGUAUUCAUACAAUAAUUGAUUGUGCCACAGGACGACCAGAAGAGCCCAUUAGGAAGGUAGACUGGGAAGGAAAAGUUGCUCUUAUACAAUGUGCAAAAGCAAUGGGAAUCCAGAAGUAUGUUUUCUUUUCCAUCCACAACUGUGACAAGCAUCCUGAAGUUCCACUAAUGGAGAUAAAGUACUGCACUGAGAAGUUUCUUCAGGACUCAGGCCUAAAUCACAUCAUAAUCCGGUUAUGUGGUUUCAUGCAAGGCCUCAUUGGGCAGUAUGCAGUGCCUAUACUAGAGGAGAAAUCUGUAUGGGGAACGGAUGCUGCAACAAGAAUUGCUUACAUGGACACCCAGGAUAUAGCUCGCUUGACAUUUAUAGCUUUACGCAAUGAGGAAAUUAAUGGGAAGCUUCUCACAUUUGCUGGUCCUCGUGCAUGGACAACCCAAGAGGUGAUAACAUUGUGUGAGAGGCUUGCAGGGCAAGAUGCAAAUGUUACUACUGUCCCAGUCUCUGUGUUGAGAUUGACUCGCCAGGUGACUCGGUUUUUUGAGUGGACAAAUGAUGUUGCUGACAGAUUGACAUUUGCAGAGGUGCUCACAAGUGACAUUGUUUUCUCUGUUCCAAUGAAUGAGACAUAUAAACUUCUUGGUGUGGAUGUGAAAGAUGUAGUUACCUUAGAGAAAUAUUUGCAAGAUUAUUUCACAAACAUAUUGAAGAAAUUGAAAGAUCUCAAAGCACAGUCAAAGCAAACCGACAUCUACUUCUGAAUGAAGUCCAUUUUGUAACUGUAAAUGUAACCAUGAAUGUAUCAACAAGUUUGAUACCUGAUAACAGUCAUCAAAGAGGAAUGCUAUUCAUUUGGAUCCCUUUACCUCC